AUUUUACCACGCAUGCGCAAAAAAAAAUUACAACUAACCUAACCUCAAAAAACAGCAUCAAAGAAAUCACAAGUGCAAAACAUAUUGAGAUAAAAAUGUUGGAGAUCACAUGCAACGACCGUCUCGGAAAAAAAGUACGAGUAAAGUGUAACCCAGAUGACACAAUUGGGGACCUGAAAAAAUUGAUCUCCGCGCAAACUGGCACCAACUGGGAGAAGAUAGUUUUAAAAAAAUGGUACACUAUCUACAAGGACCAUAUAAAGCUCCAGGACUACGAGAUUCAUGACGGGAUGAACCUGGAGCUUUAUUAUCAAUAAUAAUAAUAAUAAUAAAAAUAUUUUCAAAACAUAAAUUUAUUAACGGACAUAAAAUAUAUUAAUCUUUAAGUUAAAA